GAAUAAAAAGAGCCUGGUAUUAUACGUAUACCUGUAUUUUAUAUUUAAGAAACAUAUUCUAAAUUCACUUAAUCUGUGCUACAAUAAGUCGUCAGAUUAGGCAAAGUGACAUCAACUUGUUAGAUGGACCUCUUGAUCUAGAAACAAUAGCAAGGAAGAAGAAUACGCACAAAAGAAUUGUCAUAGCAUAUUCUAGUCUAGAAGUCGAGCGUCCCCUUAAAAAUGAAUUUAAGUGACACAGUGGAGGCAAAAAGCGAAGAGCACAACCCCCCUCCAACCCAAGACCGGGUUAUCUCUCUUGAUGAUCUAAAUUGUGGAAAUUGUUUUGAUAUUCUUAAAAAAAAGGGAUUUAAAGAUGAAGUUGAAAAGUUGACAGAAAAUGGUCUGACUCCCAGUACGGUACUUGACACGACGACUGAAGAAUUGGAACAGUGUGGGAUUAGCCGUCCAGCCAUAAAUGUACUGAAGGACAUUUCGGAAGGCCUUUAUACUUGCAAGAUUGUGAAUGAUCCAAUUCAUGGCCACUUUGAAAUCCAUCCCCUCUGCGUGAAAAUAAUUGACACACAGCAGUUUCAAAGACUGCGGUAUCUGAAACAGCUGGGUGCAAAAUAUUAUGUAUAUCCUGGAGCAUCUCACAACAGAUUUGAACAUUCUUUGGGAGUGUGUUAUCUGGCAGGAGAAUUUGUGUCCAUGCUAAGAAAACGACAGCCAGAACUCAACAUCUCUGACAAUGACAUCUUGUGUGUUCAGAUUGCAGGACUCUGUCAUGACCUGGGACAUGGUCCUUUUUCUCAUAUGUUCGAUGAUAAGUUCCUGCCCGCUGCUAGACCUGGUAAUAAAAUCAAGCAUGAACAAUUGUCGGUGGAGAUGUUUGACUUCCUUGUGGAGAGCAAUAAAUUGUCAUCUACAUUUGAAAAAUAUGGUUUAACGGAAGAGGACAGAGACUUUAUCAAAGAACAGAUUGCAGAUCCUCUUCAGAAAAGUGGGAGAUAUCAUGGAACACGUGCCUCCAAAAAGGGAUUUCUGUAUGAGAUUGUGUCGAACAAGAGAAAUGAGAUCGAUGUUGAUAAAUGGGAUUACUUUGCUCGGGAUUGUCACAUGCUAGGAUUCAGAAACAACUUUGACCACAUCAGAUGUAUGAAAUGUGCUAGGGUUUUGUCCGUGGAUGGUGAACUUCAAAUAUGUUUCCGAGAUAAGGAGGUUGGGAACUUGUACGAUAUGUUUCAUACAAGGAACACGCUUCAGAGAUUAGCUUGCCAACACAGAGUUGGAAAUAUUAUAGAGGCCAUGAUAACAGAAGCAAUGUUGGAGGCGGAUAAAGUCACAAGUAUCAUUCCAGGCAAGAACGGAGAACACUGGAAAAUAUGGGAAUCCGUUGAUGAUAUGGAAGUGUACCAAAAAGUGACAGAUGACAUUUUCCAGCAGAUUUUGUGGUCUAAUGAUAAAGCUCUAGAGAAGUCAAGAAAAAUUCUUUUAAAAAUCCAGAACAGAGAGUUGUACAAAUGUGUUGGACAAACCCGCCGCUCAAUAUCUGAAAAGCUUGAGGACGAAAAAAUUAAAGAGGAACUUUUUACGAUUUUGAGAGAUAAUAACAGCGAUCUUACAAGAGAAGAUAUUGUGACGCAUUCGGUAACGAUGGACUAUGGCAUGAGAGAUCAGAACCCAAUAGAGCACGUUCGCUUUUACGGCAAGAAAGAUCCCAAAAAACCGUUUAAAAUCCCAAGGAAUGAGGUUUCAAACUUCAUUCCCGAGAAUUUCGCAGAACAGUUAAUUGAAAUCUAUUGUAAGAAGAAAGAUGGAAAAAGCAUUACACAAGCAACAGAAGCAUUUAAAAAAUGGAUAAGCAAAUAUACAGUGUCUGGUGACAAUUCGAAAGGUUCGGAACACACUGUUUCCACAGCAGGCACCAGCACAGCAAAUAGUCCUUUACAGAAUGUACCAAAUCAAGAAAUCACGAGCCAUCUCUCUUACGACUGAGACUUUUAUCAAAUGGCUGGAUAUCAACUUAGUGUUGAGGGAUAUAAACUUUUGUUCUAAUUAAGUUAUAAGAAAGGGGAAAGAAAAGAAUAUAGGCCUUUCAACUGCCGCUAGGAGUCGGUAUUAUGAACGAUAACUCACUGCUAAAAAUUGUUUAGAGCAGACUCGGGGUAUGUAACUGUUUACAUGCAAGGCGAUUUUAAGCAUUUCUUAAGUGUUUCUCUGCUUUCAGUAGAAUCC